GCCGCAGGAAGCGGUUGAAUCAAUGCAAAUACAGUAAGAUACAGGUAAAGCUGGAGGAGGUGGAGAGAUUCUGAUAUGACUGACACCAGGAGGUGUGCCCAAGGUAAGUCAGGCACCAAUGAGAGAAUGAAGAGAGGCGUGGAGAUGUCAGUAGGAUAUAUAAGAUCAAGCACUCACGGUGAGGUCAGAGAGAUGAAGAUGUUGUGGAAACUGACAUUGGUCUUUGUGCUCACUCUCCUUACCAAAGGAUGUGACUGCCAACCUGAUGUGUGUGGCAGGGCUACGCUCAACACUAAAAUAGUGGGGGGACAGGAGGCUCCAGACGGUGCUUGGCCAUGGCAGGUCAGCCUUCAUACCAGAGAGGGCCAUUUCUGUGGUGCAUCACUCAUCAAUAAUGAAUGGGUUCUGUCAGCAGCUCACUGUUUUUCAUGGGCCCUUGAUCUUUCCAAUUAUACAGCGUUUCUGGGCAGACACAGUCAAGAACUCCCCAAUCCAAAUGAGGUGUCCAGAGGCAUAUCUCAAAUCAUAACACAUCCAGCCUACAACCCAUCUACCAAUGACAAUGACAUGGCUCUUCUCCAACUCUCCUCACCUGUGACCUUCAACACAUACAUCACACCGGCUUGUCUGGCCGCAGCGGGAAGCACAUUUAACACUGGCUUGGACAUGUGGGUCUCAGGUUGGGGGAAUGUAAAUUCUGGUGAGCCUCUUCCUUCACCUCAAAACCUACAGGAUGUAAAUGUGCCUAUAGUUGGAAACAGAAAGUGUAACUGCCUUUAUGGAGAUGAAAAAAUAACGGACAACAUGAUGUGUGCUGGACUGUUGGAGGGUGGAAAAGAUUCAUGCCAGGGGGAUUCUGGAGGUCCAAUUGUCAUCCAAAACGGCCCUAUUUGGGUCCAGGCCGGUGUUGUGAGUUUUGGUAAUGGUUGUGCCUGGCGUGACUACCCUGGGGUGUAUUCCAGAAUUUCUCAGUAUCAGGAUUGGAUCAGUGGUUAUACCGGGGCAGAGAGAACUGGUUUUGUCAGUUUUGAUUCCAUCGUACCUGAUGAAAUUGACAUGAAUGUGACUUGUCCACCAAUCCUGUGUGGAAGAAACCAUGAGGAUUCUACAAAUGUAUGGCCAAUGAUGGCUAGUCUGCGCUUUUUUGGUUCCCAUACAUGCAUGGGAACACUGAUCGCUCCGAACUAUGUCAUAACAUCUGCUAGCUGCUUUAACGGAGCCAUGAUGCCAUUUCAGUGGUCAGUGGUAGUAGGUUUAGUCAAGGGCUGCAGCCUGGAGAUGACUUUCCCCGUACAAAAAAUUGUUUUCAACGAAGGUUCAGACAACAACGUGGCACUUGUGGAACUAAUGCAAGGACCAGAAUUAUCAGACUACAUCAAUGUGGUGGCGUUCAACAUGUUUUAUCAUGAUUUUAUGCCCGACACUCAAUGUACUGUAGUGGGUUGGAACACAGGAAAUGGCACAUCCCCAGGUCUUGAGGAUUUCCAGACAAACAUUGUACCCUGUGGUCCCUAUAUCAACUCUGAGUUGUAUAUCUGCACAGAGCCUGUGAACGUACAGCACGACGAUGAAGGCAGUCCCCUGCUGUGUCAACUGGGUGACAUGUGGGUUCAGGCGGGUAUUUUGUCCGUGGACUACAGCACUUACCCAGACAUGUACCCAGGAUAUGGCCCAAGAAUGCAAGUCUUCAGGAAAACAUCUCAAUUCACCAACUUCAUAUAUGCCACUGCCUACAACGAUCCAUCUAUUAUGGAUGGAGUGGAGUCGUUCUCCCCCCUCUCUCUUACAUGCAUCCUUCUGCUCUCUCUGCCAGCCCUCAUACAGACUUUUUAUUAAGGCUGAGCUCCCCGUCACUUUAGCACUGAAUAAAACACUGACAAAGGCAGCCUAUAAAGCCAAAGAAUUAAUCACAGAAUGUUCGAGAGCACUUUACUUAAGCUGAUUACUCUUUCAUUAAAGAUUUAGAGAUUUGUUUUCUUAAAUCUGUGUUUUUUUAAAUAAAUGAAGGUAUUGAAGUAAUUAAAAUGAAAUCACAACACCGUUUAAAUUCUAAAUAAAACAAACUACUAAAAAGUGUCUUUUUUCUUAA